UAGAUAAAGAUGAUAUCUUCAACAGUUAAACAGAUAACAAAAACACUUUUUGCGUUCCCUCUCAAAACAAACAACCAAAUGCUGUCACUAAACCCAGCAACCUCAAACUUGCUCAAUUUCAAUCAAUUUCACCAAUUUCCACCGCCAACCCUCAGGCAUCACCUUCCAAUACAACCUCGAACCGUCAAUGCGGCGGUGCAGAGCAGCGGAUUUACUGGCGGCGGCGGCGGUGGUUCAGGUUUUUUGACAGCAAUUGGGCGUGCAAUCGAGGAAGAAGAGUACAGAAAGGCCAGGGCUGAGGUCCACAAAAAAAGCAUCGAUUUAGACGGAUAUUCCAUCGAAGGACUGUCGAUUGGUGGCCACGAAACUUGCGUUAUUGUGCCGGAAUUGAAGACGGCUUUCGAUAUCGGGAGGUGCCCCGCCAAGGCUGUGCAGCAGAAUUUUCUCUUCAUUACACAUGCUCAUCUCGACCACAUUGGUGGGCUGCCGAUGUAUAUUGCAACCCGUGGUCUUUACAGCUUAAAGCCCCCUACCGUGUUUGUUCCUCCAAGCAUAAUGGAAGACGUAGAACAAUUAAUUAACAUUCACAGAAACAUGGGUCAGGUGGAACUAAAUAUUGAUUUGGUUCCUCUGGAUGUAGGGGAAACAUAUGAAAUGCGGAAUGAUCUUGUUGUACGACCAUUCAGAACGCACCAUGUUAUAACCAGCCAGGGUUAUGUGAUUUACUCGGUCAGGAAGAAACUGAGAAAACAGUUCACACAUUUAAAAGGAAAACAAAUUGAGAAACUUAAGAAGUCUGGAGUUGAGAUCACAGAUACUAUCUUAAGCCCUGAGGUGGCCUUCACGGGAGAUACCACGUCAGACUUUUACCUUGAUCCACGCAGUGCUGAUGCCUUGCGGGCCAAGAUUCUCAUAACUGAGGCUACAUUUCUGGAUGAAAGUGUUAGCGUUGAGCAUGCACGAGAGCACGGCCAUACUCAUAUUGAUGAGAUCAUGGAAAAUGCACAAUGGAUUCGGAACAAAACCGUAGUGCUGACUCAUUUCUCAUCUCGCUACCAUCUAGAGGACAUUCGGCAAGCUGUGUCGAAAUUGCAGUCGAAGGUGUCAGCUAAAGUGAUGAGUCUAACAGAGGGAUUCAAAUCAAUGCACGCUUAGUUGCUGCCAUUCUUGUAAGCUUAUGGUAUUGCACUUGUUGUAGACUAGGAUAUAUACAAAUGAUACAAUGAGUUUGUAUGCAAAUCAGACAUGAUUUUGUUCAUAGUAAUUAAUAUAGGAGUACUUGCAAUGUAUGUGAUCAUGUCUAAUUCGCAGAAUGAGAAGAAUACACAUGCAACAUGGAAA